AAGGCAUUCUGGGUGAUGUAGUCUGUAACUCCGCCGUUGUAGCGUUUACGUCAAAUGUUUUUGUGUUUAGCGAGCAAGCUAGCUAGCGUAGUUGUCUUUAAUUUACAAGAACGAUUUUGUUUCGGAGACGAGUUAAAGCCUUUUUGAGACAUCUUACUGAGGUACCGAGCUGAGAGCCAGUCUGCAGCAUGUCGUAUGUCUUCGUCAACGAUUCUCUGCAGACCACCGUGCCUCUGCUGCAGGCCUGCAUUGAUGGUGACUUGCCGUACACCAAGCGCUUGCUGGAGUCCGGCUUUGACCCCAACGCGCGAGACUGCCGUGGAAGGACUGGUCUGCACCUGGCUGCAGCUCGGGGCAAUGUGGACAUUUGUCGCCUGCUCCAUAAGUUUGGAGCUGACCUACUAGCGACUGACGCACAGGGCAAUACUGCCCUGCACAUGUGUGGCCAUGUGGACACCAUCCAGUUUCUAGUGUCCAACGGACUGAAGAUUGAUAUCUGUAAUCACAAUGGAGCAACUCCACUUGUUCUGGCCAAGAGGCGUGGUGUGAACAAAGAUGCUCUUCGCCUGCUGGAGGGGCUGGAGGAGCAGGAGGUGAAAGGUUUCAACCGCAGCUCCCAUUCCAGCCUGGAGAAGGUGCACAUAGCUGAGAAUGAAAGUGCCAUGGAAAGCCACUCGCUUCUGAAUCCCCACCUGCACCACAGCGAUGGGGUACUUUCCAGCUUCCGCACCACAUGGCAGGAGUUUGUGGAGGACCUUGGAUUCUGGAGGGUUCUGCUGCUGCUGCUGGUCAUUGCCCUGCUUUCGUUGGGCAUAGCUUACUAUGUCAGCGGAGUCUUACCUUUUACUUCUAACCAGCUGGAACUUGUACAUUAGGACUAUAUCCCCUGAGCAGUGUUGCACUGAUGCAUAUGUAGGGCUGAACAAUUAGUUGCUUUUAUAAAAAAAUCAUAAUUUGAUUGAGUGCACUUUGCAAAUCGCAAGAGUUGCAGUUUUAAUUGUGUCUUACAUUGUCCAACGUCACCCAAAGUUUUAUGUGGAGGAAUUCAAACUAAGAACUCAGAGCUCAUGAACGGGCAAUCUGACACACUACAUUCAGCAUACAAAAAAAAUGGAGGUGCUGGUCUUCUCAGCAUGGGGCUUAGUUUAUAGAAAAUAUUCUAAUUCAAAUCGCAAUGUUCGAAGAAAACUGCAAUUACAUGUUUUCCCCAAAUCAUUGAGCCCUAUGCAUGCGUAUGACUUAAAUUGACUGAGUUGGUCAUUUAUUUCAAGGAACAUAACCAUGCUACUCAAAACUUUAACCAUGAGUGCAAAUGCCUUUCUGAUUUGUUCUUUUUUUUCUUUCUUUUUUCAUGUAUAUGUGUGUAAAUAGACAAGAAGGUUCAGAUGCUCAAAUGCAGCAAUUAUUUUAUUUAGCUAUCAUACUGCACACAUUCCAGGUAUUUUUUGAAGUUAAUAUCUAACAUUUAAAAACACUAUUUGCAUUUUGUAUCUAUGUGUAGAUCUCUAUUUGCUCUGCUUUGUGAAAUGACUGAAACUGAUCAUAAACGUUUAUCUGAAUUUAAGUGUAUCCAUA